GUCGCACGAUGUGGACGAGAGAAUCUUGCCUCGAGCUCAUAAAAACCUACGCCUCCUACCAAAUGUUGUGGGAUCCACGACAUAAGGAGUUUUACAACAAACACAAGCGAGAAGAUAUAUGGGAGGAUAUUGCGGAAAAAUGGGGCAAGCCAAAGACAGAUUUGCUCGCUAAAAUGAAGAGCUUGUCCGGUUCGUAUAGGCGAGAAAGGAAUAGGGAACGGCGGAGUCAAGGUUUCGCACGACAGUACCAAUCCCAAUGGUUCGCGUACGAAGCUUUUUCGUUUCUACGCGACAAAGAUCUCGUCGCUGAGGACUCACCGGAUAACCAUCUCAUCGAAGUGCCCAGCGUUGAGGACAAUGAGGAACCCGAUGACGUCACUUACGAAAACGAGGAAGAAUCUGAGGCGUCACAGACAGAGCAACCGCCAUUGACCACCCAAGCAGUUCCAGCACCACCACACAACCUUUUAAAAAGGAAAUAUUGCACCAUUGACGAUGGAAGACCUGGAUCUUCCAAAAUAUCACAAAGCAGUCACAUACCUCAACAAAUUGAACAAAGUCAUGAUCCAUACGUGAGUUUUGGAUUACACAUAGCUUCAGAAUUAAGGAAGUAUGAUGCACUUACUUUAGCGCAUGUGAAACAUGCGAUCAACAAUAUCAUAUUUCAAGCAGACUCAAAAUUCUUGCAAGUGAACAAAGAGAUACGGUUCGAGAACACUUCUUUAGAAAAUGUACAGUUAAUACAGAAUAUAAAAAUGGAUAACGAUGGUGAGGAUUAUACUUGUGAGAUAAGUGAUUGUUUGUAAAGUGAUUGUUGAUAUCUAAAUCACGAAUCAUGAAAUUUUUUAUAUUCUUCAAUAUACAAAUUUAUAAGAAUAUUAUUAAUUUUACUAGUUAGUAAGUGUACAUUGUGAUAUAAAUACUUGUAGUAAGCAUAGCUUUGCUAUUUUAUUUAAUGUUAGUAAGCUAAGGCUUUAAUACUUAAAAAUUGAAAACUGAAUUAUUUUUCUAAUUUUAAAGACUCUGUUCAGCUAUGAUGAAUAAUGAAUAUUUAAUAAGUUUUAUUUUAAAGUCCUACCUAUAGUUUAAUAUUUUUAU